AUGGAUCUAAAUAAGAUACUUCUUUAUCCAAGACCAUAUGAUGAUCUUUAUUUUGCAUCACCCCUGCAAAUCAAACCUCAUCUUUCCCCACCGCCACCGCCGCCGACUCCUAUAAAUUCAAUCCAAAACAUACCGGAAGAAUGGAUUGGUAAAUCAUUUGAAUUUCCGAUGAUAAUUCCAAGAGCUUUUAUUUGUUGCAAUUUUGAUCAUAAUAGUGGACCUAUAUCAGCACAAGCAUACACUAAGACGUACCGUGUGAAGAUUUCUGACCUCUUGGACCCUUCCAAACCUCACCCAUGGGAAAUCAAUGAGAGCCCAGUGGAGAAGCCGCCAAAAGGAAAAGAAAACCAGUUGAUAAUAUAUGGUAACAAUGCUGGCGCUAAUGAUAAGAAAUCUCUUUCUAAGAAGAGAACCGUUGGAAACCAAGGUAGACCACGGGCUGACGGGUUUGUUAAGCAAGCGCGAAAAAUUCGUAAUGUUAAACCCAAAAAGAGUAUUGAUGAUAACUCGAAAAAAGUUAUUGAAGGGAUUCUAAAAGAGGUCAUUGAUAGAAAUCAGAAAAAGGAUAAUAAUACUAGGUUGAAAAAGACCAUCAAAGGUAGCUUGAAUAAAAGGGAGAAAAUAAUUGAUGUCAAAUUGACAAAGGAUAAUGAUCCUGACCUGAAAAAAAAGGUUGAUCUGAAACUGGAAAAAGAUUCUAUUAAUGGUUCCAAAAAAGGUGUUGAUGGUGAGCUGGAAAAUGACACCAAUAAUAAAUCUAAGAAGUAUGAUAAUGUUAGCUUGAAAAAUAAUAUUAAUGACUCAUCAAAUAAGGAUCUUAAUAUGCCAGGCAAAAUAUCCAAAAACCUGAACAGAAGACAAUCAUUAAGAUUGAAACAAAAAAGAAAGCGUGAACUUAGGAAGGUUCGAAGUAUGGAAAGAAAAAAGGCGAAAACAAGCGAAAGGGAAAAACCAAUAAUACCAUCGAACGUAACUAGAGAGAAAAGAAAAACCACUAGACCUGAAAAGUAUCCUCAAUAG